CCAUCAGAUUUCACGUUGUCGCAAUGAACGAUAUUUAGCGUUGAUGUUGGGGCUUUGUGGCCAUUUAUUUAGAACAUGUUUAUGUAAUUAUAAUGAUUUGUUUAACCAUCAAAUGCGGUGUAAUUUAUUAGUCAAUGCAGAGAAAGGAAUUUAAUAAAAUUGAAGAGCAAGGAUGAAGCAGCCUUUGCUGACAGAUCGCCCAAAUCCAUCGUCUUAUUUUUCUUCACUUCAAAAUACUACAGGCUUGGGAAAUAACAGAAAGAUUGUUCAAGAUCCUCCAGAAAAACUACGUUUUCCUAACUCGAAAACUGACCUGUGGGACAUGAUGCCAUGUGGAGAAUCGAUAUUAUUUGGAACGCAGCAUUUUCAUUCAAUCUCAUUGCUUUGUCUGGAAAGAUGUUUGAGGCUCGCACAUCGACAUGCUACUCAAUCUGCAGUUGAGGAAGAUGAUAAUAUGAAUCAGUUCACCGGAUUUCUAAUGGGAACUACUGCAUAUACGGAUGAUGAGAGGGGAAUUGUGAUAAACCUUGAUCGAUUUGAUCCUGGGACAAUUCGUAGUGAUGGAAAUAAGGCUCCUUCCACCCCUUUACCGGGAGAUGUUGUUAUUCCAAUGAUUUUCACUCAACAAUUCCCUCAAUCUCUCGAUUCAACGAGUGUUUUUUCUGUGAACGACUAUCGGAAUACGUUCAAGUUGCUUCACCACCAAGUAUCAACAAGACUUUCAGUUGAAAAUACUUCGCUGUUUCCAAUCCGACUUCAUUGUUAUUAUUCAAAAGAUUCCCAGCCUGAUGACGUAGACAUGUUAUUACAAUGGGUAACUCCAUGUAUAUCAAAUUCUUUCCAUUCUACACCGAUCAAGCCUGUACCAAUCAUACCAACUGCUCUCGCAAAAAAUUUAUCAGGACCCCUGAAUCUUUCUAGUAUACAGCAUUCAUCAAAGACAGGUUACCUGAGUAUGAAUCAGUCUCGGAAACUUCUUCUACUUCUCGAUUCUGAUCCAAAAUCUCGUUCUAUCCCUACAGUAGGAAUAUGGAUUAGUGGAGUCGUAUCAGUUCAUAAUCCUAAUGUAUGGCUUGCUUGUAUGAGAUAUUUACACUGUGCUGACAUUUAUGAAAGAAUCAUGCCUGGAGGUCAAUUUUUACUCGUUCUCUACUCAGUUACAAGUUCAUCUCCUUUGUUUUUCCAAGUUAAAUAUGAUGACAAAUUGAACUUUGAUCUUCUGCAUGCUCAGCAAUGUAUCCAAGUUUCCAAGCAAUCUGGAAAUUCUGAAAAAGUUCUUGAAUUUCGUCUUCAAUCUACAUCAGGUGAUUUACCUGAAGGUGUUUUUAAAGAAAGAGAAUUGUUUCAAGAAGCUGUAGAAAGCAUUGAAUCAUUUGUUGUGCCAAAAAAGAAAGCAUUGCUUGUUAAUGAUGAAGUUGACAGCGAUAGGAAAGAGAGAGAGGAACGUCUUAGAGGACGACAACCAAAGAAGGGUUCAUCCAUUCCUCAGUCCAUCCUACGGAACAACUCCGAGAGCAGAAGGCGUUCCAGUGGUAGCCGGAACCGAAAUUUUACAAAUGGUGUCAGUUUUUCACUCGCGGUCGACGAUUCAGAAGUCUUUCAGGAUUCUAUGCCCAUGCCGUUGCCCUCACCACACCCCUCAACUAUCCACCAAUCACCAAGCUUGAUAAAACCAUCUGUUCCAGAGCUGUCAAUUAUAUUCGAUGAAAAUUAUCAAGUUCCAUCGCAAAGUUCCCGCCAAUCAUCUAAAAGUCCAACCAAAAGAAGGGUAACUUCAGAAAAGAUUCACAAUCACAAUUCUCCAGGAAUUCGUUCACCUCUCAAAAACAUCAACAACUUAAAUGCAAACAAUCGCGGAAUAUCACCUCAAGAUAGACGUCCCUCAGGGCCACUAAAACCCCCGGGCGAUCACUACCGCCACCCGAUGCCAGGAACAAGAAUGAAUACUGGCGUUAACUCUGAUGGACAGACACAUUCAUAUCCUAAUCAUGAACCAAUGCAGCGUCGUAGCCGUAGUGCAUCUGACUGUAUACGGGGUUCUCAUAAGAAUAUGCCUCAACCACAUGUAUACCAUGGAGCUUCACGUCCUAUCUUGUCUUAUCAAGCGUUGCAUAGCUCAACACCAAUGCAAACACAGGGACAAAGAUUGCCCUUGAAUAUUGCACCAAUGGGUCAAUAUACUCCUCACCCAUACCCCCAAAACCCUGCAUUUCAAUAUCAAAUCUCAGCGGGGUCUAUCCGUAAUACAGUACCUCAACCUUACCCACAAAUACACCCAGACAUACAAUACAUCCCACGUACAUCUUUACCGCCUACAUAUACAACCAACCCUACCCAACAGAAUUUACCCAAAACGUCAUAUGACUUUUCACAUGCACCCAUGCCCCAAUACACAAACUCUGUAAACCUUCUCUCAACCCCAAGUAUGACAACAGACCCCCAAAUUUCACCCCAUUUACCCACACCUUACUCUGCAUCUGGCAAACCCCAAUCUUUACCCGUUUCACACCCACAAGCUAUGGUACAAAAGCAACAAGAAGAGUGCCAGCAUCCCUCCCAAGUCGCAGGUUUACAGGCAGAUUCUCCACUUUGGAUGAAACAGCUUCCGCCUGAAGCGUAUCAACUUUUAAUGCACCAGGAUGCACAAUUAAAACAACUACAAGCUCAAAUUCAAAAACUUCUAUCCAUGCAAGAGACUGGCGAUGGUAAGAAGGAAAAAAUUGUAACGACUACGACAGAAACGAGCACAGGCACAGAGCCAGAACCUCCAACAAAUGUGAGUGAAAAAAUCAGCAUGGGUGUCAAUACUGGCCAAAGCUUGUAUGUACUAUCAGAUGACAAUGAAACAAACAUGGAAAAAGAAAGUCAGACAAAAGUUCCAUCAUCAUUAUCAAAUCACACCACACCUUUCUCAAGUAUGUCAUCAACUAGUAAUAAUCAAUCGAUCCAACAAAAUAUAGAAGAGAAUAAUGUUGAUCAGACAGAAGAGAGCAUGAGUCAAAAACAACAAGAAUUAGAAAAUAAAGAUGAUCAUGUUCCUACUAUCAACAGGAUCAAUGCUUUGAGAUGUGAAAGCCAAUGCACUGAAAAAUAUCCUGCAUCAGAGUUUGCCAGUAUCCAUCUGGAUGAAACAAACCUACGUGAAAUUGCUUCAGCAAAUAUAGAAGAUGAUUGUGACACAAGAAGUCUAGCUUCAAGCUUACGAGCUGUUGAUUUACCGUUACUUGAAACUAGUACGGAGCAAUCGUCAUUUAAUACUCCAACGAGCAAAGUAGCUGGUGGAAUAUGGAGCGCCCAAGAUAGUCCUGUUCUUGGCGAGAGUGCAAGUAUGUGUAUCGUUCCUCCCAUCAAUUUGAAUCAAUCGUUGGAAGAAACAGAAGAAGAAACUGAACCUAAAGAUGAACAUUUUAUGAAAAAUCUUCUCAGCCAAGUUCGUGAUAUGUUAAAGAAAGCAGAUAUUGAUGGAAAAAGUGAAAUCAGUUCAGAGAAUUCAGCUGCAUCAACACCACAGAGAGGUGUAAAGAAAAAGUCCAAAAAGAUACAACAAUCUAGAGAAGACAGAGUUGCCAAAGCAACAAGAAAACAGCUUCGUAAAAUGGGAGUAAAAUUUGAUGACGAAACCGUAAAUGCAUUGAGUUUUGCUGUUGCUUCUAACGACAGGAAGAAAUCUUCAAAAGAUGAAUAUUCAUACACUUUACCUGAACCAUUGAUACCUCGAUUGAAUUAUCUUUCCAUUAUGGCUGGAGGUUCAACGUCGAAUACAUUGUUUCCAGGCCCAUCUUCAACUGAUCUAAGUAUGCAUGCGAAUGCAAUUGCACUCAAAUAUUUAUCAAAUGAUCAACUUGAAGAAAUUGCUGCUUUAUCAAAACUUGGCAAGAAUACUUCAUCUAUAUUUUCUCCUCUCAAAUCGAAGAGUUCGAGUUCUGGAGAAAAGUUAGCAAUCCAUGACAUAUUUGGUGCAAAUGUUCGUAAACUCGGUGAGAAGAAUUUGCCAGGAAUGAGUUUGGUGUCGCCAUGUAAUAUGUCUCUAGCAACAAGAAAAUACAUGGAAAAAUAUGGACUAAUAGAAGGAGAAGAAGAUGAUGAAGAGAGUGAGGAUGAGGAAAACAAUGCUUCUCGUGAUCACCGACCAACUACACCAGUGAAUAACAGGAAUAAUCAACCAAGCUCAAGUGAAAGUCCUGUGUUAAAAGGAUACAGACCCAACUUAUAUUCGGAAGAGAAUAAACCUCAACAAGAAAAAUCUGAGAAGCAAAAUGAAACAUAUCCCGAGUUCCCUCAACCAGAACCAGGGUUUUCAGAGCUCAAAAUGAACCUCGGAGACACUCUUGACAUGAUUUUACCAUUCCUGGAUGAUCUUGGUCGCCAUAGGCAACAAACUCCAUCGUCUGGAACAAGAGACUCGAGGAGUGGAACAAGAAGUACAAACACUGGGAGCAGUAGAGAUAGACUAACAUCUAUAUCAGAAAGGCAACAUCACUCACAAUUCAACUCACCGACUGAUGAUCGUGAUUCUACUGAACGUAUUAUGCCUCCUCAUACACAACCUGACAGAAGAACAAAAGAGGGAGCCUUCCCUAGACCAAAUUCAAGAAAAGGAGAUAAUCGUCAUUCAAAAUCACGAGAUCCCUCACCGAGAAAUUUGUUGCAACCUGUGAAAAAUAAUUCAAAGCAAGAUAACGAGAUUUCUCAGGUGUUAUCUCCCAAACUGCUUCAAGCGCUCGCUGAUGGUAAAAAGUUGACUCAGACACCAGGUUGUAGUGGCAAUGUACAAAACCAAUACCAACCUCCUCAUACACACAGAGGAACACACUCUGGGCAAGAGGAGCCACAAGAAGAAGAAGACUUUCUAGCUGGCACCUGGCCUCGCCAUCAUUUCAGAUCUCGUUCGGAAUCUGAAUUUUCUCGUAAUCAGCCAGAGUUCUUACACCCUGGUGGAUACGGAAAUCAAAAUCAAGGGAAGCGUAGACUGUCUUCAUCGCCAAGAGUAUCAAGUCAGCCAACAUCAAGAAACUCAGUGACUACGGAACAUAGAAGACCCAGAACAUCUCCACCUACUUCAUCUAAGUUAAAACGAAUCCGUGCCAUACAUGAUCAAGAAUUAGAAGAUGUUCAAGAAAUUGACUUCUCAAAAAACAGUCAGGAAUUGGUUACAAGACAACAACAUAGUGACGAUGAAGGUGAGGAAGAGCCUGUUCUAACUUCAAGAGUGACAGAUGCUUUCAAGGAAAAAGAAGAAACAAAGAAUAAAAGAAAUGAAAACAUUCCGCAUUUUUUACAACAUUUACAAGACAGAAAUCAAAAAGAAUCUGAUAAAUUUUUAGACUUCGAAAAGAUCAGAAAUCUUCCUAAACUAGUUUAAAUAAUGUUAUUAUUUAUUGUUAGAUUUACAGAUUGCACACAAUGCAUCUGGAACAAAUACCGCACUUCAGUGGCAUUUGUACCUAUAUGGAGGUAACUAAUUUUGUUUGCCUACUUUACAUCAAGUUGUGUAACAGGACUGAAACCUAUGGGCAGAGGGUAUAUUCACUUGGCUAACACAAACAGUCCCCGAACUCGUAAUAGAACCAAAAUAAGAAAAAUCGGAAUAAAAUUAUGGCCUAAACCUAAACUGAUACACAUACUACGGGAGUACCCAAAUACCUUAUUAACUAUUCGCAUUCCCGAAUGGACUAAUAGGAGCCGAGCCCAUGGUUCGUCGUAUAAUUAAUUAUCAGUCUCAACCAGCUUUCCUCUCCCUCAUGAUAAAUACAAAAAAAUUCUAUUUUUUUUCUUCUGUGUUUAGAGUUGUAUUUUUAAAUAUAUUGUAGUAAAUGUUAGCAGAGAUGUUAUAUUGGCGAUAAAGUGUAAAAUGUUGUUUUUUUAAUUUUUUUUCUAGCAAAUUUCAGUAAUUUAUAUUUUGUUUUCUAGACAGUCCUUCUUUCCAUAGAAUUGAGUGUGCUGAUUUUUACUAAUUUUUCUUUGCUUGGUAGUGUUUGAUAUUUGUUUUGUGAUAGGAAACAUAAAUAUUUUUUUGUUGUCUAGAAUUUUUCAUUUCACCUUAAACGUUUCAUGUAGUUUUGUUUUAUAAAACAUAAUUUGAAUUUCACACAUCCAUCUUAACGCAUCUAAGCUAUCACACUAGCAAUGAAUUGUACAAUUUGAUUCAUAUUUGAAGUAAAUCAAUCAUUCAACAGAAUAUUUCUAUUAUGCAUGUUUAUUCUAUGCUCAUAAUAUUACUGAAAUCAUAAAGAAUGUAACUUUCUGAAAACUGAAAUUUGCAGUUUGUUAAAGAGCUGUUUAUCCUCGAUGUAUGUAAUAUGA